GCUCCAACUCAGAAUUAAAGAGCGGGGUUUUAAAAAUUCGCUGCUGUUACAACGUCACUCGCGAGCACAAACAGGCGCUUUCUUUGCCCAGCCCGUCCAACGAAAAACAAAAAGAGAGGCCUCUUCAUUUUUCGGAUUUCCGUCAAUAAUCCUCCCCGUCAUUAAUCAGCUACUUUCUCCCUACUCUUAACUCGUAUAAUGCUGAGAAACGCCAUUUUACGACGAGCAACCGCUCCUGUGGUAGCUCGUAACAUGCGUGCUGUUUCGGUCACACGCCACUACGCAUCCCAACCCGAUCCUACCGCCAACCCCAUUACCGGCAAGACGACAUUUGGCAGUCUUUCCGAUGAAGAUCGUAUUUUCACCAACGUGUAUAUGAAGCACGACUAUCGUUUGAAGGGUGCCUUGAAGCGUGGUGAUUGGUACAAGACCAAGGAAAUCAUUUUGAAAGGUCACGAGUGGAUUCUGCAGGAAAUGAAGGAAUCCGGCCUCCGUGGUCGUGGUGGUGCUGGUUUCCCCACUGGUCUCAAGUGGAGUUUCAUGAACAAACCCCUCGAUGGCCGUCCUCGCUAUCUCGUUGUCAACGCUGAUGAGGGUGAACCCGGUACUUGCAAGGAUCGUGAAAUUAUGCGUGGUGAUCCCCACAAGCUCGUCGAAGGCUGUUUGGUGGCCGGUGCUGCCAUGAAGGCCAAUGCUGCUUAUAUCUACAUCCGUGGUGAAUUCUACCAAGAAGCCUCCAACUUGCAGGAAGCUAUCAAUGAAGCCUAUGCUGCUGGUUUGAUUGGCAAGAACGCUUGCGGUUCCGGCAUGGACUUUGAUGUGUAUAUUCACCGUGGUGCUGGUGCCUACAUUUGCGGUGAAGAAACCAGUUUGAUCGAAUCCAUUGAGGGUAAGCAGGGCAAGCCCAGAUUGAAGCCCCCAUUCCCUGCCGAUGUCGGUCUUUUCGGCUGCCCUUCGACCGUCACCAACGUCGAAACCGUCGCUGUUGCUCCUACCAUCUUGCGUCGUGGUGGCAAGUGGUUCGCUGGUUUUGGUCGUGCCCGUAACCAGGGCACCAAAUUGUUCUGUAUCUCCGGUCACGUCAACAACCCUUGCACUGUCGAAGAAGAAAUGUCCAUUCCUCUGCGUGAAUUGAUCGAAAAGCACUGCGGUGGUGUCCGUGGUGGUUGGGAUAACCUUCUCGGUAUUGUUCCCGGUGGUUGCUCUGUCCCUAUCCUUCCCAAGAACAUUUGUGACGAUGUCUUGAUGGACUUUGAUGCUCUUCGUGAUGUUACUUCAGGUCUUGGUACCGCUGCCGUCAUUGUCAUGGAUAAGUCGACCGACGUUGUUCGUGCUAUCUCCCGUUUCGCAAAGUUCUACCGCCACGAAUCUUGUGGUCAGUGCACACCCUGCCGUGAAGGUACCAAGUGGCUCGAGUCCAUGAUGGACCGUUUCGAAGACGGCCGUGGUCGCCCUGAAGAAAUUGAUCAAAUCUGGGAACUUACUAAGCAGAUUGAGGGCCACACCAUUUGUGCUUUGGGUGAUGCCGCUGCAUGGCCCGUCCAAGGUUUGAUUCGUCACUUCCGACCUGAGCUUGAAGCUCGCAUGGCUGAAUUCCAGCGCUCGAUCGAGAGCCAAGCACAGGCUAAUGCCAGCGCUUAGAAUGUCCUUUUAAUGCAAUUCCCACAAUUCCUUUCCCAUCACAGCAACCUUUUAGAUUAAAGUAAACUAAAAAAACCAUCGUCCAGCGAUAUUGUCAACAUGAAUGUUUUGAUAUGGGUUCCGACAGAUGGAUAUGUGCAGCACAUAUGGGUUGGUUGUCAAUGUAAAGGGUAAAACCGGGGACUGAGAAUCAGCUAAUAUUAAAGAAGUGGCCCUUUUACUUCACACGCAUAUUUGAUGACCCAUUGAAUUGCUUCUGCGUAUAAUAUCCCUCACUAUGUCUUACUCGAUAAGCACAAAUGGAUCUCAUCUCUCUGUAA